AUGAAAGGGAGAUCAUUUAACCCAAGUUUGUCAGUCCUCAAUCAAGAGGUAGAAAGAAACAGAAAGCUAGAAGAAGAACAAAACUGAGAAUCACCUCAAGGCAAAAGAUCAGCUUGAUAUGGCACCCCAAAAUCAAGAUCAAUCGAGUAUAUGUGAAAAUCAUCAAUUCCAGAUAAAUGAAUCUAUCUACUUGGCGAAGAUAAAUUUAUCAAUAAGCAAAAAAAUAAGAAAAGAGACACCUUGGCUUUUCUCAUGGAAACUCAAAAAUACAUUCACAAAAUUUGCAAGAGCUCAAGUUACGAUCUAGAGCAGCUUCUUAAAGAAAGCCAAAAUAGUGACAACUUAGUGACAUGAAAAGGAUUAAAAAAAUGCAAAAACAGAAGCUGUGUUUUAAAACCAAUGACACAAGUUUCUGAUGCAAAGAUUCGAAAAAAGCGCGAUAAAUACAUUAAAAAUAGGCCUCUAUUAAAUAGUGCUUUUUCAGCAUAUAGAGCCUUUGUUGAAAAAUUAGACGAAAGAAAAUGCUGCACGAGAGUAAAUAGCCCUGACCAGAGUGAAUUAGAUCUGGAGGUUGUUUCUAGAGUUCCAACAACUUGGAAACUUGGUGCAAGAAGGGCAAGAACUUCUUCUUGCUAG